CGACAGCAACCCCUCCACGCACAAAACAUUAAAUGGGAAAAAAAAAAAAAAAGAAGCCAUGAAUUCCCCCUAUAAGAAGAACAGCAAGAAGCUUAAUUAAAAGACCACAGCUACUUCGAAUUAACGGCGAUGCAGCAACGAGAACCGUUGGGAGCUCCGGCCGCCGACAUAGGCUCGAGCAAAAGUGGCAGUUCCUCUGAAGAAAGUGAAGAGAGUGUGGGUGGCGAUGGCAACGCGGGGAGGAGAGUGGCCGAGCAGCUUCAAAUUCUCAAAUCUCUUAUUCCAAACAUAACACAGACGGAUGAGAGAACAAUCCUUGAAGGGACACGAGAUUAUCUACAGAGAAUUCACCAAGAUACGGAUCAGAUCGAAAGGGAAUUAUUACAGCAGUCCCAAGGUUCAAGCUCUCUUGGAAGUCAAAGAGACCAUAUAUUGGGAGUGGAAACGGAGAAGCUGAUGGAGGGAAGAUUCGUUAUAAAGGUUAGAUGGAGGAAAGGGCCGGGUAUGGCGGGCCACGUGCAGCGCGUGAUUGAUCUCUUGGACGUGAAGAUGACUUCCAUCGUCGUUAAUGAUCAAAAUGCCGAGGAGAUGUUAACCACCGCAUUCGUCAAGGUGAAGAAAGAGAUGCAGAUGACUGAGGAAGGGCUCCAAGAUCUGAUCAUCAAGGAGGCUCAACGGUCUGGUUUGUCACCUUAGCAUUCUAAGUGUGGGGCCCACUUAGAUGAUGUAUGGAUAGAUAGAUGGACGACAAUGACAGUGGGGACCACGGAAAAGAUGAGAUGCACGUGAUGUCCAUAUCAUGAUGUAAUCUUAAUUAGUUUAUGCAUCAUUUCUAUUCAUUAAUGUAAGGGAUCGAACUACUUGUUCGAAACAUUGGGUCUUUAUUUUCUUGCUGUCGAUGCCGGUGAACUUGAGUUGCAGCACAUGUAUGUUAGGAUCGGGCCCUUAAUUAGGUGACCACAUGUAUUGCAAGUGCUAGUGUGAUUCCUGAUGAGUGAAAUGGCUCAAUUUUGGUCU